CUGCUAGAGGGCGCUGGCUGCGGUGGCUUCGAUGCCCUUGAUCAACAUGGCGAACAUUUGUGCCCGCCCCCCUGUGUAUUUCUUCGGUAGUAGGUCUCAGGGCUUCAGAGUUCCCGAGAUGGCUACCGCGAUGGCAGUUCCCAGCAAACUCCUUGGCCUGAUGAUGCAGCAGCUGAGAAGUACCAACCAGCUGUACUUCAACAUCAGCCUUCGAUCUCUGAGCUCCUCUGCACAGGAGGCCUCCAAAAGAGCCCCCGAGCAAGUCUCAGACCACAACUACGAGUCUAUUCAAGUAACAUCUGCCCAGAAGCAUGUUCUCCACGUACAGCUAAACCGGCCAGAGAAGAGGAAUGCCAUGAACAGGGCUUUCUGGAGGGAGUUGGUGGAAUGCUUCCAAAAGAUAUCCAAAGACUCUGACUGCCGGGCUGUUGUAGUCUCUGGGGCAGGAAAGAUGUUCUCUGCAGGUAUUGACCUCAUGGACAUGGCGUCAGACAUCCUGCAGCCCUCAGGAGAUGAUGUGGCCCGCAUAGCCUGGUACCUCCGUGAUCUCAUCAGCCAGUACCAGAAGACCUUCACUGUCAUUGAGAAGUGCCCCAAGCCAGUGAUUGCUGCCAUUCAGGGAGGCUGCAUCGGCGGAGGUGUGGAUCUCAUCUCUGCCUGUGACAUUCGCUACUGCACCCAGGAUGCCUUCUUCCAGAUCAAGGAAGUAGAUGUGGGUCUGGCUGCUGAUGUCGGAACACUGCAGCGACUGCCCAAGGUCAUCGGGAGCCAGAGCCUGGUCAACGAGCUGACCUUCACCGCCCGCAAGAUGAUGGCUGACGAGGCCCUGGAAAGUGGACUGGUCAGCCGCGUGUUCCCAGAUAAGGAUGCCAUGUUGAAUGUAGCCUUUGCCCUGGCGGCCGAUAUUUCCAGCAAGAGCCCUGUGGCUGUGCAGGGUUCAAAAAUCAAUCUAAUCUACUCCCGAGACCAUUCUGUGGAUGAGAGCCUUGACUACAUGGCCACCUGGAACAUGAGCAUGCUGCAGACCCAGGACAUCAUCAAGUCAGUCCAGGCAGCCAUGGAGAAGAAGGACACAAAAAGUAUCACUUUCUCCAAGCUCUGAGUGUCUUCCUGACCCUGAGAGAGGAAGGCUCCGUGGAGCCAGGCUGGUUCCCGCGGUGCCUUCCCAUGAGGUCUCCCAGUGUAUAACUUUAUGACUUAGUUCUUCAUUUCCUGGGGCCUUAUCUUCACUGUGAACAAUAAAGUUUGAACACA